GAACUAUUCCGGUGUAUUCUGCAAGUAUCUGUUGGUGCUACGAUUUCAUGGAUUUAAAGAAAUUUCGAUAUCGGAAGGCGUUAUCAGCGUUAUCUGGCGGCCGGCUGCGCGCACCGGAACCCUUGCGAUAAGCGGCCCGCAGAUCCCCGUCGCGAGGCGCCACGCAGCUCUGCCAGCACACGUCGCGGCUCUGCGCAUUCCUCGGUCCGGCCCGGCUAUCUGUGACGAUGACGGGCGCUCGGGCGCAGCUGGUCACGUGACUGCCGGAUGGCGUCCUCUGCGGUUUUCUGCCUCAGCCUGCAGAUAAGAGUUGGCAGCGACGGUGUGGGCGAGCUGGUGGGCACGGGUGGGACCGAGGCGGGGGCGGCGGGCAGCGUGUUCCUGGUGAGCACGCGCCGCCCCCAGCCCGUGGCUGCGACCUCCGCCGCCAUUGCCGCCGUCACCGCAGUUCAGGCCCCGGGGGCCGUAGCAGCCGCCGCCCCUUCAACUCGUGCUAUCACGUCCGCCGCUGCCGCCGCCACGCAGGUCGACGCCGUUACAGAUGGAGAGGCCAUCAAACUGCCGGACAACUUGGAAAGCCUGCCGAAAGCUGACCACUUUCCCACGCAGAGGCAUCGGUGGAACACCAAUGAGGAAAUUGCCGCCAUACUCAUUAGCUUUGAUAGGCACAAUGAGUGGCAAAGCAAGGAGGUCAAGAUCAGACCGAAGAGCGGCUCGAUGCUGCUGUACUCGCGCAAGAAGGUGCGCUACCGGCGGGACGGCUACUGCUGGAAGAAGCGCAAGGACGGCAAGACAACGCGCGAGGAUCACAUGAAGCUCAAGGUGCAGGGCACCGAGUGUAUCUACGGCUGCUACGUGCACUCGGCCAUCCUGCCAACGUUCCACCGGCGCUGCUACUGGUUAUUGCAAAAUCCUGAUAUAGUACUGGUGCAUUACCUAAACGUGCCCUAUCCUGAUGACAACAAGCUGGCAGUGAUAACUCCAAGCCUUGCAUUAUGGGGAGACAAGAAGGAGUGGACCAAGGAGGAACUGGUAUCACAACUGAAGCCCAUGUUUUUCAGCGAGGAUGAGCCAGACCUGAAUAAUGAACUUGAAAUAUCAACAGCUGAAACUGUGGAAGCCAUUGUGACGCAACUUAUGGAGAAGCAGCGUGUAGCUCGUGCAGCUGCUCUUAGCAAGCAACUCGAAUGUGGGUGCCCAGAUUCCACAUGUGCUGACAGUAAGACAUGUUCCCAUCCCAUGCGACGAAUUACUGCAGCAACGACAGAAGUUGACAGCAGUAAUCAGGUGUCAUCAACAACUGGCACAGGAAGCCUACUGCUAUCUACAGGCUCUGGUUCUACAAAUGGCAGUCCUGCUGUAGGCAGUCAAACUCAGCAGCGAGUACAUCGUUCGUCUGCCUCUAAUGUCCAGCAGAAUUCAACAGCACCACCUCUUGUGCUUAGUUUAUCCCAGAUACAGGGAUGUUCUGCUGGUAGCCUACUCAUACUCAACAGCUCGUCAACCACUGGAAACUCAAAUAGCGGAGGUGGUACAGUGACAUUUUCCAGCAAAGAAAAGACAGUUGUUCUUAAACAGGAAGCAAUGGACACAAGUUCUUGCAGUCGUCUGCAGGAUGUGAGCAACAACAACAGUAGCAAAAUGGAUGUGACUAAUGGCAAUGCUCCUCCAACAUAUGACAAUAGUGCCUACCACAGACAGCUUCGGCAGCAUGAGAAGCGAUCAACAGGAGAGCAGCUUCCACUCUUGCUUAGCAGUGCACCCCCAACACCAAGCAAGCAUAUGGACACUACUACCUCAGAAACAGAACUCACUAGCUACUGCAAUGCAGAUACUGUGCUUGUCAUAGGGACAGGGUCCUCAACCAAAAAUAAUGGAGUGGGUGAUUCCUCAGGGAUGGGAGAUUCUUCUGUUUCCCUUGGGUUUUUUAAUGAAACUCUUGAUUUGUCACAAGAGGACAUACAGAGGACAUUACAGGCUAACAUGCCCUGUGGUACUGGUGUCACUGUAGAUGAAUCCCAUGGACAGCACCAAGCAGAUGAUGAUGAUGUGAUAGUAUCAGAAAUUAAUCCUAUGGAUUUUAUUGAUGGGUGCUGUGAUGUAGUAGUUUCACCAGAUGAAACACAGUCUGUAACGGGUACAGGUGUGGACGAUGAUGUUUUUGUAAAUUUGGAUGCAUUUGAUAUGUUAGGUGAUUUUCCUGAACUUGAAAUUAUGGAACCAAGUGUUUCUGCAGAUGAGACAGUAACUGUACACAGUGGUGAUGUCAGUGUUGAUGACAAGGACUUGGUAACUGUGACUUCUGUUGAGUCACAGCAGGCUUCUCAUGAACCUGACAAGGAUAGAGGUCAGCCUUCACCUACCAUCGAGUUUCAUGAGGGGACUGUCAACAUUACUGAUUAUUCCCCUGAGUGGGCAUAUCCUGAGGGAGGUGUGAAGGUGCUUGUAACCGGUCCUUGGUACUCAACUACAUCACCAUAUACUGUGCUAUUUGACACAUUCCCUGUGCCUACCACUCUGGUACAGAGUGGAGUACUGCGGUGUUAUUGCCCUGCACAUGAGGUAGGGUUAGUUACUUUGCAAGUAGCUUGUGAUGGUUUUGUCAUCUCAAAUUCUGUGAUGUUUGAAUACAAAGAGCCAAUAAGUGGUACCAGCCAAAUGGCAUGUGAAGAGCGUGAAUCUCGUGACAAGAAUGGCAAUGACAACCUUCUACGUUUCACCCUUCUGCAACGCUUAGAGGCAAUGGAUGGUCGUCUGCAAAUCAAACAGGAGCCUGAGGGUUCUGAUCUGGUUGAAGGCUCAUCAAUAUUAAGCCAAAGCAAUUUUGAAGAUCGUCUGGUAAACUAUUGCCAAGAAAUGACUUCAAAGGCUUGGCAGUGUGGAGAGGAAGUGAGCCCCUCUUGGUUCUGCAGUCAUCGAGGCAUGACACUUUUACAUCUGGCAGCAUCCCUUGGUUACUCUAGGCUUGUUUGUGCAAUGUUGCACUGGAGAGAGGAGAAUUCGUCUCUUCUGUUGGAAACAGAAGUUGAUGCCCUUAGUCAGGAUGAAGAUGGAUAUACUCCCCUUAUGUGGGCUUGCGUACGAGGUCACCAUGAAACUGCAUUGCUGUUGUAUCGAUGGAACCAUACAGCACUAAAAGUCCGAAAUCAUGCUUCACAGACAGCUAUAGACUGUGCAAGAGAAUAUGGACAUGAUUCUCUGGCACAGGACCUAGAGCAGCAAGAGGCUUUACGUCUGCAAGAGAACCCUGGACCAGAUGACAUAUUUCUUCGACCAGAUAUUGUUACAAUAUUGGACUCUGAAAAAACUUCACUGAACAGUGAGCUCCACGUAAACAUUCCACCUUCUACAAACGUAGAUUCAGAGAUGAGUACUCCAAAUAGUAAUGAGAAUGGCAGUCAUAGCUCUGCUCAGAGUCCUGUUUGCUCAAGCUCAGGAAAUGGAGAAUCUAAUAGUAGUGGCACAGUUCAACAGAGGCUGACAAAGCGACCAUCAGUGGAUAGUGGGAUCAACUUGGGCCAUUCUUCAGAUAGCUUGUCAUCUUUACAGAGUCGAGGACCUGGUUCCAAAGCUUCCUCUUCAAGAGAAGUUUCAAGGUUGUCUAGGUUUGAUCGGAGCAUGUCUUUGCCAGUGAGCUCUCCAAUGAAUGGUGUUGAAACUCCAUACGACUCCAUCUCUACUGAUGGCCAUGAUCCCCUAAUGAGUUCCCCUAUUAGACGAAUGGAUUUUGCCUUAUGCGAAGUGGCUACUGGAGCAAGAAGUGAAAGUCCAAUGAUUGACGAGGAGGGAGUAUCUGAUGAGGAUCUGGAAAAUAAGCAGAACAUUGUAGGGGAGCAGGAAGUGCGUGUUUUAACUUUAGCGGAACAAAUAAUUGCUGCAAUGCCUGAAAGAAUAAAGAAUGAGAGUGCAGAUGUAAUGUCGGACCAGGACAGUUCACGAAAUGACUCAUCAGCUGGAAAUAGUGAUACCUUACCAGAAGUCUUCAUGGAACCUCUUUUGAUUGAUGAAACAUCUUCAUCAUUUGAGCCUGUAGAAUUUAACUUUGAAUUCAGUGAUCACAAUUAUAGGUACUAUGAUGUGAGCACACCAGGCUCCUCCAUGAGCCCAGCCUCCUCCAGCUGUCUACAGUCUCCUUGCUCAUUCACACUUGAUUCGCCAUCUCCACCGCCAACUACAGCUGACUUCUGUGAAUUUUUUCAGGCAUCUGGAAAUGUUUUUGAGAAGGAUUUCUCAAACCUCACACUUUCAGAUAGGGAACAACGAGAACUGUACGAAGCAGCAAAAAUCAUUCAAAAGGCAUACCGUUCAUAUAAAGGCCGAAAGAAGUUGGAGGAACAGGAUAAAGAAAGAGCUGCUGCAGUACUUAUUCAAAACUACUAUCGUCGGUAUAAACAGUAUGCAUACUUCAAGCAGAUGACUCAUGCAGCAAUGGUGAUACAGAAUGGGUUUCGAUCAUAUUGCGAGCACAAGCGUUUUAAGAAAAGUCAGGAAGCUGCUGUUUGCAUACAAAACUACUACCGCAAUUACAGGGAGCAGGGGGGGAGAGGGAGUCGUGAGAGCACACCUAGUGCAACAAGCAGCAGCCUCAAGCGCACAUAUUCCCAGAGACGACAGCAUCAAGCAGCUCGGAAAAUUCAGCAGUUCAUGAGACAAUCGAAAAACAAAUUGCAGAGAGAGCGAGCUUUGGCAGCCGAAAGAGAGAAGCUGGAGGGCCAGUCAGUGGAUGCCCUCCAAAAGUUGCCCUGUCCCGGCAGUAUGGGAUGCUCCACCAACGUUCCAAAUAGCAGUGGCCGUCCAGUGGCAUCUAGCCCCAGAAACACUAGUGUCCAUACCAAGGAUGCUGCUGGAAAAACGUGAUUAAAUCAUUAGAGCUCUGACAACAUCCAGAAACACCAGAAAUACAAUGGAACAAAAUAUUUAUCAUGCUGAUGAAAAAGUGUUGUAUAUAUUUAUCAAAGUGCUUGUGAAAUGAACUGACUGUACUGCGUACUUUUUUGUUACUCUGUUUUAGAGUAAGCUUAAUAGUACUUUUACAGAAUUAAGGUACUGCAACAGUCAACUGUCAUAAUGAUGGGUGACUGUUUUAAACGAAACACAUCACAAGACUUGUAAAUAGAAAACUGUUUACAUGUACUCUGAAUAUAAGAGAAAGCUAUAAACAGAUAGCAAGCUAGUCAUGUUUCUUUUGCCAGUAUUGUGUUUCAAGUGCUGUGAACGAAUUUCGUAUCAGGUCAAGAAAGAAUACAUUAUUGCUGACAGUGCCACAUAGUAACCUACUUACUGUCAGUGAAUCAAGUUAUGAGUACUGAAUGAACAUUUUAAACUUUGUGUACCUUGGAGUGCUAUGAAAGUAAAAGCAACCGAGCCAUGGCAGUUUUUGAUAUAUAACUAUGUUUACAUGCAGUUUCUGUUGUUCAUUGUUUGUGUUUUUAUCAGUAAAGAAAUGUAUUUUCAUGUUCUCAGGCUGUUUUGACAUAUUUGAAUAUGAUGUGGUGACUGGAUUAUGAAUGUAAUGGGACAGAGUAUUUGUUGGCUUUACAUAUUAUGAUGGAAUGGAUUAUUUUUCGUGUAUUUAUUGCCCCUUACUUCCAAAAGAAACUCAAAUUUUUGUUGGCAUAAUUUAACUAUAAAUUGUGUUAUUCAUUUAAUAAAUAUAACUAAAAGCUGUUUGUUUCCUGCUUCUAUUGCAGUGCACGAGAGUUAUCAUUACCGGUAUUCAUUUGUAUGCCUCUUGUAAAGUGCAUGAAAUGUAUAACUGGUAUUCAUUUGUAUGCCUCUUGUAAAGUGCAUGAAAUGGGCAGGUCCCACUGUUUUUUGACUAUUGAUAGUGAUCAGAUAGCAAACACUUCAAUUAAUCAUGUAUAUUUUGAUAUACUAUGGAAGUCACAUAAAUUUUGACUGCCAUACACAGUAAUUUAUGAGGUGUUGUUCAUAACCUGAGACAUGGAAAUUUUAAAGAAAAUGAUUGGUGCAUUUGUUAUUAAUUAAUUUAAACUUCUAAUUAAGUAUGUUUUAUGUACAUACAGAUUAUUUUUGAGAAUAUAAUGAAGUGUGUGGCCCUCCUCUGAGCAUGUUGGUACUUGUUGGGCCGGAGUCUGUAAGCUUAGGAGUUGAAAAGUGAGAUUCACAGAGCUGUGAUGUAGAAUUCAGAUUUCUUUUCUAAAAUAUGCAACUAAGACAUGGCUUCACUUUUUAUAUAUUUUUAUGUAGUCAUACGUAUAGUAUAUCAGAUCACCUGUUUGUAAAUAAAUAAAUUGCACUCUAGAAGAAAAAAAUUAAACU